UGGGUGAAUGCACGAAUGAUCAUUUGGAAGGGGGUGCCCAAAGCGAAGACCCAAGAGCCUGCCAACCACUCGGCACUCACAUCGCCACCUCCCACACCCUCAAAGGGCCCACUUCGGCAAAGGGGGGCUUCCGGGAGGGGUCUUCAGCCCUUCCGGUCCAGCCCCUUUAAGGGGCGGAGCCAGAGGGACCGACGCUCGGAUCGCCGGGGCGGUGCAAAGAUGGCGGCGAGGGCUCCGGCGACGGCCGCGGGCCCUGGAGUGGCUGAGACCCCGAGCUCGCUGCUGCUCGUGGUGGGCGGCGAGUGCGGGAGCCCGGGGCUGCUGGCCUAUGUGCUGGAGGAGCUCGAGCGAGGCAUCCGGUCCUGGGACAUUGAUCCUGGCAUCUGCAGCCUUGAUGAGCAGCUCAAGGUCUUCGUGUCCCGGCACUCGGCUACCUUCUCCAGCAUUGUGAAAGGGCCUGAUUCCUUCCCAGGCCAGCGGAGCCUACACCACCGAGGAGACGCUUUGGAGACCCUGGUCCUUCUGAACCCAUCAGACAAGUCCCUCUGCGAAGAGCUCCGGAACCUUCUGCUGGACCCUGCCCCCCACAAGCUGCUGGUGCUGGCCGGGCCUUGCCUGGAGGAGACAGGGGAGCUGCUGCUGCAGUCGGGGGGCUUCUCCCCCCGCCACUUCCUCCAGGUCCUGGGGGACAAAGAGAUCCGGGACCUCCUGGCCUCCACACCUCCACCUACAGACCCACCCAAGCUCACCAUCACCUGUCCGACCUUUGGUGACUGGGCCCAGCUGGCCCCUGAAGUGCUCGGCCUCUGGGGUGUGCUCCAGCUGCAGUUAAACCCGCCUGUGCAGCUGCCGGCUUCCGAGGGCCUGCAUGAGUUCCUGGAGUAUGUGGCGGAGGCACUGGAGCCGCCAUCCCCCUUUGAGCUGCUUGAGCCACCAGCCUCUGUGGGCUUCCUCAGGCUCGCCCGGCCCUGUUGCUACAUCUUCCCUGGCGGCCUGGGUGACGCCGCCUUCUUCGCCGUCAAUGGCUUCACGGUGCUGGUCAACGGCGGCUCAAACCCCAAGUCGAGCUUCUGGAAGCUGGUAAGGCACCUGGAUCGGGUGGAUGCUGUGCUGGUGACCCACGCGGGUGCAGACAGCCUCCCUGGCCUCAACAGUCUGCUGCGGCGUAAGCUGGCGGAGCGUGACGAGGCGGCGGCCGGCGGGGCCUCUGAGGAUGAGAAGCUGCGUCGGCUCAUCUCACCCAGCCUGGGUGUCGUGUUCCUCAGUGCCCGCGCCGCUGCCUCGCGUCUGGUGCGUGGUGAGGAUGAGGCGGAGCUGGCCCUGAGCCUCCUGGGCCAGCUGGGCAUCGCUCCUCUGCCCCUGAACCGCGGGCCACUGCCGGCAGAGCCCACGGUGCUCUUCCAGAAGAUGGGCGUGGGCCGGCUGGAUAUGUAUGUGCUGCACCCGCCCUUGACCGCUGCUGACCGCACACUGGCCUCUGUGUGCGCCCUGCUGGUGUGGCACCCCUCGGGCCCCACAGAGAAGGUGGUGCGUGUGCUCUUUCCUGGUUGCACACCACCCGCCCGCCUCCUGGACAGCCUGGUCCGCCUGCAGCACUUAGGGUUCUUGCGGGAGCCUGUGGUGACCCCCCAGGACCUGGCAGGGCCUCGGCGAGCUGAGAGCAAGGAAAGCGUGGGCUCCCGGGAUAGCUUGAGGAGAGAGGGCCGGACUAUGGCCCCCGCACGGCCUGCCCAGGAGCGCGCUGGGGCAGCACGGAAGGUGAUGGCCCAGGCUGAGGCUCCUCGCAGGGUUGAGAAAGAAGCCAGGCCCCCCAGGGAGGUGAAGAAGGAACCCAAGCCAAGUGUCCCUCGGGCCCAGCCCCGGGAGGUGCGCCGGGCAGCCUCCGCUGUCGUCAGCACCAAGAAGGCAGGAGCCCAGGCGGUCCCCAAAUCCCGCAGAGCGCCCAACAGCCCCCGCCCGGGUGUCCCGCUGCCCAAGAAUGGGCCCCGCAGUCCCCCCAGCUUCCGGUGUGGAGACGGCAGCCCCCACAAGGAGGCCUGCAGCUCCCCCGCCCCCCAGCUGGUGGCCACGCCCAGCCAGGAGAGCAGUCUGGAGCUGGGGCCGAGCCCAGCCAGGGAGGACUGCGGCGGCACGGCCGGGGAGACUCUGGAGCUGCUCUUGUCCACGAGCAGCCCCCGGCCCUGCACACCCUCACCUGCCGGAGCCCCCCAGGACCAGGCUGAGGGCAGCGGGCGGCUGUCCCUGAGCCCACUGCGGGGCGGGGAGGCUGGGCCGGAUGCCUCGCCCACGGUGACCACACCCUCGCUGCCUGCCGAGGUUGGAUCCCCGCACUCCACGGAGGUGGACGAGUCUCUGUCCAUCUCCUUCGAGCAGGCACUCCCGCUGCCGCCCGCUGCCUCAAGCGAGGCCGGGCUGAGCCUCCCUCUUCGCGGCCCCAGGGUGCGGCGCUCAGCGUCCCCACACGAUGUGGACCUGUGUCUGGUGUCGCCGUGCGAGUUUGAGCACCGCAAGGCAGUGCCCAUGGCACCAGCACCCGCCUCCCCCGGCAGCUCGAACGACAGCAGCGCUCGGUCCCAGGAGUGGGCAGGGGCCCCAGGGGCCGAGGAGACCCCGCCCACGUCUGUCAGUGAAUCCCUGCCCACCCUGUCUGACUCGGACCCCCUGCCUGCCGCCCCCGGCCCCACGGACUCGGAUGAGGACAUGGAAGGCUUAGGGGUCCCUGGCUGCGACCCGCUGCCCGAGCCUCUCAAGUUUCCCCCACCGCUGCCUACCCCGCCCAGCAUCUGCAUGGUGGACCCUGAGAUGCUGCCCCCCGAGCAGGCCCAGCUGACGGAGGGCCUCGGUCGCACCCGGAAGCCCCUGGCUCGUCCCAGCCCUGGCCGUGCUGUCCCCAAAGCUGCUCCAGUGACCACUGCCAAAAGCAAGGGGCUGGUUGGUGGGGACCGGGCCAGUCGGCCACUCAGCACCCGGACUGAGCCUGGUAACAAGGGAGGUCGGGCACCGCUAUCCAGGAAGUCCUCAGUUCCCAAGACGACAACUUGGGGCCCAUCUGGGUCAGCUGGCAGCCGGCCAGGUGGGUCAGCAGCCCCGUCCGGCUCCCCUGUCUACCUCGAUCUGGCCUACCUGCCCAGUGGGGCCAGCGCCCGCCUGGUGGAUGAGGAGUUCUUCCGGCGAGUGCGUGCGCUCUGCUAUGUCAUCAGUGGCCAAGACCAGCGCAAAGAAGAGGGCAUGCGGGCUGUCCUGGAUGCGCUGCUGGCUGGCAAGCAGCAGUGGGACCGUGACCUCCAGGUGACCCUGAUCCCCACCUUUGACUCGGUGGCCAUGCACGAAUGGUAUGAGGAGACGCACGCCCGGCACCAGGCUCUGGGUAUCACGGUGCUGGGCAGUGACAGCACAGUGUCCAUGCAAGAUGAGGCCUUCCCUGCCUGCAAGGUGGAGUUCUAGCCCCACUCCCACCCACCCCCUCUGCCUAGAACCUGCCACCAUCCUGAGGUUUGCCUGCGUCACAAAUAAACCAGGUACUCCACUCGG